GCUGCCAGACUGAACUGCGGUCUUCCAGUCUUCAAGAAUCUUGUCUGCUGGACAAGGAUCUGCAGAAAUAACAGGCCCUAGGGAAGAACUAGGGAUCACCAAAGUAGCUCCGCACAACAAAACCCCAAAUCCCUGGCCGGUUGCAGGAUGGUGCUAAAAGUCCCAAUCCUCUCAUCCUGCCUUGGUCUUUCAGUGACCAGCCAUAUCCUGAAGCUGCCAGCCACCAGCCACUUCAUUAGCAUGCAAAAGACACACUACUUUGGAGAUUCCAAGGAUUUCAGGAGUGUAUGCUGGGAAAAGAGAAAAGACCAAAUACAUGUUUCAUAGUAUCUCAAUUGGUUAUAGCUAAGGUUCACUGGCUGUCCUGGACAUCCAGCCAAGUCUUAGAAAAUGUGUUCCAAGUUUCCAAGGAAGACUGACAAGUGACUCUUAACACAGUCCCAUCUGUCAAGAUGAGACGGCUUAUCCUUUGCGGUCAAGAGUUCACAGAGAAACAAUCUAGAAAGCCCUGUAAGCCCUUCCCUGAAUCCUGUUCCUACCCAUGUCUCAGUGGGUUGGGGUCAGGGAAUCCUCAGGCAACCAGGACACCAGGUGUGCAGGAGGAAACCAGUGAUCCCCAAGAAUGGAGCCAUGGACAGUGACCCUGAAUCCUUCGGAAUCCACACUGUAUCCCAGAAACGACUCCCUGGAUGGAACAACCUGGUCAUCAGAGCAGGUGAGGGAGCCCCUGUCAGAGGCCGAAAGAGAGCACGGCCAUGUCUACUUUUCCCUGCUCAUCUGUGUCCCCGGAGUCACUGGGAACGGACUCUUGAUACUGUUUCUCAUCUUCUGCGUCAAGAGGAAGCCGUUCACUGUCUACAUUCUGCAUCUGGCCAUUGCCGACUUCAUGGUCCUUCUCUGCUCCUCCAUCUUCCAGCUGGUGGACAGCCUCCACCUGCACGAUGACACCUUGCUGAGCUACGUCCUCCUCCUCAUGAUCUUCGGCUACAACACGGGUCUGCAUUUGCUCACUGCCAUCAGCGUGGAGCGCUGCCUCUCGGUGCUUUACCCAAUCUGGUACCAGUGCCGCCGCCCGAGGCACCAGUCGGCCGUGGCCUGCGCACUGCUGUGGGCUCUUUCGGUGCUGGUAUCGGGGUUGGAAAACUUCUUCUGCCUUCUGGCAGCGGAGCCGAGAUUCCCAGAGUGCCGAUACGUGUACGCCUUCUCCUGGGUCUUGACCUUCCUUGUCUUCGUUCCUCUCAUGAUCUUCUCCAACUUGAUCCUCUCCGUCCAGGUCUGCUGCCACCUCAAGUCCCGUCAACCGGCCAAGCUCUAUGUGAUCGUCACGGCCACCGUGGUCUUGUUCCUGGUCUUCGCCAUGCCCAUGAAGGUCCUGUUCAUCAUCGUCUACUACUCCAACCCCAGCGACGAGUCUGUGUGGAAGUUCUUCCCCUAUCUGAACCUGCUGUCCACCAUCAAUUGCAGUGUGAAUCCAAUUGUCUAUUUCGUGGUGGGAGGUCUUAGGAGAAAGAAAAGUAGAAAGUCCCUGAAAGAAGCGCUGCUGAAGGUCUUUGAGGAAAAGCCAGAGCCAACUUCAGGUGGGAACGCUGCCCCUUCCUCUCCGACCUCGAGGUCCUUAGGACACUCUUGAGGGUUGGAAGCUAUCUCCAUGGGAAAAGGUAACAUGUUCUGAAAACACCUCUCUGCUUUCCCACCUGCAGCUCACCUAAGAUAAAAAUCAGUUCCUUUGUUCCUCCUGGGAAUUAGUAAUAGCAACAAGACAUGCAGUCCCACCAUCCACCUGGCCCCUGUGGCUUCGUGACAGCUAACCUUUUAGGACACUUACUCUCUUCCAGGCACCAAGCCCCACGUUUUACACACAUUGUCUCAGUUCAUCUCUUAACAACCUUAGGACUCAACACUGUUACUCGGCCAUGAAAGGUGAAGGAAGUGGGGCUCCCAGAGGUUUAGUAAAGUUACGGAGCAUGGAAGGCCCAGCUGGAACGGGACCCGCAGAGCCCGACCCCAAGCCCUGCCUUGCACCCAUGAUACCCAGGACUGUCUUUGAGAGGUGAUAUCUUAAGCUGUUUGCACUAAUGUCUUCAACACCACUCCCCACUGUCUCUCCCUUAGGUCCUCUUUUCAAACCUUGUGCUCCUGAUUAGUCAGAGGGAAACGUUUUCUUCUUAGAAAGGAAUGUGAAUUGUUGGAGACGCAAAGAUGACUAUGAAUACUUACAAGGGACUAUCAGCCUGUCCUAUAGAAGUGUCCCUAUUAUUUACAUAUUAAGAAUUCAUCCGGGUUCAAUCCCCAACACCACAAAAAGAAAAAAAAAAAAAAAAAGAAUUCAUCCUGAGAUGCGUUGGGGGAUAGGAGAGCUAUCCCAUAAGUCCUUUAAGAACGUCGUCUUGUAAUAGUGAGCAGGAACUGCCGGGCUUGGUGGCGCAUGCCUAUCAUCUGGACAAUGUAGCAAGUCUUUGCCUCAAAAUAAAACUAAAAGUGGCUAGGGAUGUAGUUUACUGGUAGAGCACUUGCCUAGCAUGUGUGAAGCCCUGGGUGCAACCCUCAGUACUAUGAAAAUUUAAAAAAUAAAAUAAAAAGCAAGGGAAUUUCAAAAAGAAUCACUGAAGCUUUGC